CCCUGUUUUAACUACGACUACAAAAAUCGUAUAUAUCAACGCUGUUAUUGCUUGAUAUAAAUAUAUUAGUUAAUAUAGAUAAACAAAAUUGUUGAUUUAAAAAUGUAAAUCUAACUUUUUGGGGUUGAGAAGCUUCCUCGUGGAUGCGAGUUUAAAAAAAACUAGAACACAUGAAUGCACUCGUAUUACAGACAGCGUCAGCGAGUAAAUACAGUACUAAAGUGUAGUGCAGUAUACUGUAUUUUCGGCAUCGGGACAUUAGGGAAAAUAUUUGCAUUCACAGCUGAAUCGCGUCCCGUCGAUUGUGAGAAAAUUCCACAUUUCACGGUUUAGCUCUUGUUAGUAUGACGAAUACUAUCUCCUUCUGGGUAAGACCCCGACAAACGCGAGUUUAUAUGUCGUGGAACCAACAGUUAUCGCCGUGUGAGGACAAAGAAAGUCAGAAAGUCCAAUUAUCAGGCUCUGUUUAAAAUGGACGCUGACCAUGGCUCUCUCAAUGUGCCACCUCCUGCACCCUCAGACAUGCACACCUUGACCUCUUUUGAUGGAGAGUCUGAUGUCAUGGCGCUCAAUUCUGGGGUGUUGGAGUUGGAUCCGUACAGGAUGAUCGAGCCUCCUCCGUUGGACUGGAAUUCCGACUCCUCCACUGAAGCAGCUUCAACAGAAGAACUGGAUGACGCCAACUUCCUCUCUACCCCUGGGUCAGGUGACCCAGACGUGAACGGCACCGUGGCUUCACCUGACGUGAACCGGCAGGAGCUCGAAGCAAAAAACACAGAGUUGAAAAAGGAGAGUGCAGUCGAGGAAGACGACCGGCGGGAGCCAACAAUAUAUGCUAAUGACGCAGACGUCGAUGUGGAGGAUGAGGAAGCGAACCAAGAUCAGGGCGAUGAAGACCACACCCGGAUCCAAACGUUGCUCUGCCGCCUUCAAUUGAAAGGGAAAGAGGCUCAUCCGCACCCCAGAACAGCACCCUGCUCAGAUGAGCAUCCACACUCGGGGCUCUAUGAUCCUAAGGCAUGUGCUUCAUUAUCAACAUCACUGGAAGACAGCACUGAAACCACCGGGUUGUUGUUUUCUGAAAGCCACCAGAGAGAUGUGUUGGGACUUCUGCAGUGCACAGACAUCAGCGCUACCCCCCAACCCGGUUGCCACCCCCUCACAGGGGAAAUGGAUGCUGUGGUGUCUGUUUCCUACAACCAGGAAGAUGCCCAGAGUUUUUGGGGGCUGUAUGGAAAUAGUCUACAGGAGCAAUACAGGGACAACUCUGUCAAAUUGCUGCCAGACAGUGGAUGUCCUCAGCCGGUACGAGUGAAACUGGAGGAAGAGGAUCCAGGGGAGGAAGCUUCUGCAGAGAGCGAGCAGAAUGCUGACGAUCAUCCUUCAUACAAAGAUGUACCCGGUCCGUGUGACCCUGAAGACCUAUUAGAUGGAGUCAUAUUUGGUGCCAAGUACCUGGGCUCCACACAGCUCAAAUCUGAGAAGAACCCUUCUACUAAUGCCCGUAUGGCUCAGGCUCAGGAGGCGGUGGAUCGUAUUAAGGCUCCGGAAGGGGAAACCCAACCCAUGACCGAGGUGGAUCUGUUCGUCUCCACUCAGAGGAUCAAAGUUCUCUCUGCUGACACACAGGAGGCCAUGAUGGAUCACUCUUUGCAGAUGAUUUCUUACAUCGCAGAUAUAGGUGAUAUCGUGGUGCUGAUGGCACGCAGGAAGCGUAAAGCCCAUGAAAGUGCCUCGUCUUCAUCCUCCCCCUCCUCUUCCUCCAAACCUCAGAAGUGCUUAAUGAUCUGCCAUGUCUUCUCUUCUGUGGAUGCUCAGAUCAUAGCUCAGGCUAUCGGGCAGGCAUUCGGAGUGGCCUACCAGCAGUUCCUUCAAGCCAGCGGCAUCAAGGCAAGCGAUCUACGGCCUGGCGAGUACAGCGACUACCUUGAAAGUCAGGAGCUCUACAAUGGAGACCUGGCCCACUUCUCUGACUCCCAGAACAUCAGAGAGGUUGCAAUUACCAAGGCUCCAGGGGAAAUUUUGGGCUUGGCAGUGGUGGAAUCGGGCUGGGGUUCUAUCGUACCCACAGUGAUGGUGGCCAAUCUCCUUCAUGGAGGUCCUGCGGAGCGCUGCGGCGAGCUCAGUAUCGGCGAUCGCAUCAUGUCCGUCAAUGGUACCAGCUUGGUGGGUCUGCCCAUUACCACCUGCCAAAAUAUAAUCCAGGACUUGAAAAGCCAGAAGUAUGUCAAGAUCAGCAUCGUCCACUGCCCUCCUGUCACUAUGGCCAUUAUCAGGAGACCAGAUCCAAAGUAUCAGCUCGGCUUCAGUGUGGAGGACGGUAUUAUCUGCAGUCUAAUGCGAGGCGGUAUCGCAGAAAGAGGAGGCAUCAGAGUUGGACACCGCAUCAUUGAAAUCAACGGACAGAGCGUUGUCGCCACACCACACGACAAAAUCAUUCAGAUCCUUACGAAUGCAGUAGGAGAGAUUCACAUGAAGACCAUGCCGUCGUCGACAUAUCGGCUCUUAACUGGACAAGAGCAGCCAGUGUUUCUUUGACAAAUAGAUUUGGCCAGUGUUAUAAGAUCAACAAAUAUUUGCCGAAGUAGCAAAUUUACAACCACAGCAUUUACACCUCAAAUAAAACCGAGCACAAUAGUUAUUUUACAUUAUAGUUAUGUUUGAGUAUUGUAAAAACACUGAGCUGAUUUAUAUUGCUUCGUUUACGAUGAUUAGAUAUGCAACAAGGCCGUAAGUAGCUGAGAUGCAGUAAAUAAUACAGUAGGAGCAAAGUUUGCCACUUCAUGGAUUUACAUGAUGAUAAGCACAUUGUCUGUUUCUAGUGUUUCCUGUGUGCCUGAUGUGAAAAUGUGCAGAACAAAUAAGACAUAUAUUUUUUAAUCCAAUAAUUGUUGUAAAUGUUCAUUAAACAGAUAUUUCAAAUA